UCUCCGCGCGCCACGUGGCGCGGCUGGAGCUCGGGGUGUGGGACGCGGAUCCCGGAGGCCGCCCCACUUUCGGUGAAGCCUGCUCUGCUAACUCCGCGGCGGGCAGCGUGGCCUCUGGGAGGCUUUCCUACUCGGGGAGCGGAGAAGAGGGUGGACGCGCGACUCUGAAAGUGACAGUAACUUUUUGCGCCCGCGGGUGCGACGAGAGACUUGUGGAGUUCAUGUUCUGGUGACUUCCGACUGACCCAGCAUGAGUGCAGUCCCCUGCAAGAAACGCGAGGACUACUUGGAAUGGCCCGAGUAUUUCAUGGCCGUGGCCUUCUUAUCAGCACAGAGAAGCAAAGAUCCCAAUUCCCAGGUUGGAGCCUGCAUCGUGAAUACAGAGAACAAGAUCGUGGGGAUCGGGUACAAUGGCAUGCCAAACGGGUGCAGCGAUGACCUCUUGCCUUGGAGGAGGACAGCGGAGAGGAAGCUGGACACCAAAUACCCUUACGUGUGCCACGCCGAGCUGAAUGCCAUCAUGAACAAAAACUCGGCGGACGUCAAAGGCUGUACUAUCUAUGUGGCCUUGUUCCCGUGUAAUGAAUGUGCUAAGCUCAUCAUCCAGGCAGGUAUCAAAGAAGUUAUAUUCAUGUCUGAUAAGUACCACGAUAGUGAGGAGACCACUGCUGCGAGGCUCAUGUUUAACAUGGCUGGGGUCACCUUCAGGAAAUUCACACCCAAGUGCAGCAAGAUUGUCAUUGACUUUGAUUCCAUUAAUAGCAGGCCUGGUCAGAAGCUUCAGUGAGUUCCAUCUCAUUAAACCGCCGGAAGACUGGGAUUAUCCUCUUCUAAAGGAGCUGCUAAUGCCUUUCAUCUUGAAGUUACGCAUCACUUUUCAGUAGCCAGCACAGCAAAAGCAGACAUCUAAAGAAUAUAAAGCCUCAGCCCCCCCGACUCUGUCUCCUAUCACAUGGAAUCUGCAUCUCAUUAAGCUCUUGAUUUAGGGUUUAAGGUCAAGGCGCCGGUCGACGGCCUGUUGCCGGGGCUGGAGUGGGGGCCUUCCCCUCUGGGGCUCCGCAGAGGAGAAUCCCCACGCCGCCACCCACUGCAUGUCGCAGCUGCUCCACACGGCUCCACGGCUGGGAGGACAAAUAAAUAAUUGUUGUGCUCCUGGCGGGAUGAGCAGGCACGCUGAUUGGAACAUCUGGCCCAAAUGAAGUGUAGCAUGUAAUGCCCUUGGGAAAAAAAAUAGGACCCGCACGGCAGUCGCAUUAAAGUACCUGCCUGAGAGAGUUGAGGGAAACUCCUACCCUCCCACCCCCAAAUCCUAGAGGACGGCAGUCCCGCCCUCACAGUGGGCGGGCGUACCUGAGCUUGGGGCGCUCCCUCCGCUCUUGCUGUCCUGCUGCCCGCAGGUGGCAGCGUGCCUGUCGCCCCCCAGGCCGCCCCCUGCUGUGGCAGUGGGGCUUGUGUGGCUGGGCGUGGCGCCGCGGAUCAUUUCCAAGGCCACUGCAGGCGCAGAGGAAAUUGAUUGCUGUCCCGUGAGUGAGGUGGGAGGAAGUGGAGGCGCCUCGAGGUCGUGGCUCCGCGCUCUGGUGCAGGGACCUCUGUGCGCCGGGCACCGAGCCUUCCUCCGCGCGCACGCGGUUCUCGCACCUUCCUGCCACUGGGACCUGGGCGACGUGUGGCUGUCCACGUGUCCUUAAUUUCCCUUAAUUUUUAUGAAACGUGCUCAGUACCUUUGUUGAGAAAAUGGUUUCUUUAUCCUAAAGAUUAUUACUGUUUUAAGGUGCUCUUAUAUUUUUAUGGGUUUUUAGUCUGUCUCUGAGGUUUUGUACUCCGUAUUCUGGGGCAUGUUGUAAU